UUCAGCCUUUUAAAAUCAUACAGCCGUGAAAUAGACAAAAUAAGAACUUCCUGUUCAAAAUGGAAGGCCUACAGUUUUGGUUGUUUGUAUCUACUUUUUUUGCUUCUGUGAUACAGUGUAAGGCUGUGUGCUACUACUACACAUAUAGUGGUUAUUACUGUUAUUAUUACUACUCAUACUGGAGCUCCACACGAGUAGCUGGAUCAGCGGUCGGAGGGGGAAUCAGCCUCAUAAUAUGUAUUGUGGUCAUAGUUUGCUUGUGUAGAUACUGUAAUAGACGUCAAGCUUACGCGGGGUCAACAAUUGUAAAUAACCAAGCAGUGUCUACAGUGACUACAUCUCAACAACAACAACAACAACAAGGCUACAGUGCCCCAUACUAUCCACAACAGCCGGGAUAUCAACCACAGUACACAUAUCCUACUUACCCAGUCGGUCAGCCAACUUACCCAGCCGGUCAACCAACUUACCCAACCGGUCAGCCAACUUAUCCAACCGUUCAGCCACCACAGCAACCCCCUAUGGCGGGAUAUUCUAAUACUGCUUUCAGUCCUCCAUCGUACGAACAAGCAGCCUAUCAAACUAAGCCAAAUGAACAACCGACUGCACCCAUGCAGUAGAUGAUUCGCAAGCACAUUGUACAACAAAUUGAUUUAUAUAAACGGAAGACUUAUAACAAAACGAAUCUAACAAAGUUACUUCAAUAACAAAAGAAAAGACAGCAUUGUGAAUAUGGUCAUUCGAUUCACCAAUACAUAUUCCGCUUAUCAGAAAAAAUAAUUAAUAACAAGAAAAUUUUUAAAGUUUUUUUUUCAUAUUCAUUUUCUUAUUGAGUAUGUCUCAAUACAUAUAAAACAAAUGCUUUUUAUCAUCCAAGAAUUGUACAUACGGGGGUAUGGAUUUCAAUAUAUUAAUAUUUAAACUGUAAAAUAUCAGAACUUUGAAAAUGCAAAUUAUACCGCAAUUCACAAUAACAGAGAAGAAAGUAAUGAGAUUGUUCUAAUAAUAUACUAUGUUCGUAUAAAGAGCAACACUAUUGUCUGAUCAUAUUACGUCUUUGAUUAUAAUUGUCGUCUGGCAAGAAUUAUACAACAACUUUAAAUAUAUAUCAGUCAAAUGUGAAUUGGAGAAGAAAACACUCUGACAUUUCUACAAAACUGUCGGUUAUUCGACAGGCUAGUUGGACUUACUGACUAUUCUUGUUGCAGUCAUAAUACCGAAAACGACCAACCCGGGGAAAAAAACAGAAGUUUGUUUAAGACAUGCAAUAUACACAUGGUACUUACGGUACGCGAUACAUAUGUCAUUGUGCUUUUCAAAAUUUAGCACUCAAGUUAUCCCUCCUGCCUUUAUUUGACAAUCAACUUGUAUCAAAAAUGUAUCAAAAUAAAGUAUUCUUUCCUUUUAACUUUACAGUAUUUUUUAUUUCAGAAAAAUAAGUUUACUUUUCUGACGUCACUUAUAGUCAACAAGUCGUUUAUUUCUAAUGCUUAAAUCUAAAUUGCUUUUAUAAAGUUUUAUAAUGCUUUGCUGUUCAUUGAUACAAUUUUUAAAAAUAAAGUUUUUCAUUUUAUA